AAAAUCUAAAAACAAAAAAAACUCCCCCAUCGGCUCCUACAAAAAUCCACCUCCUCGCCGCCGCCGCCCUUCCAUUGCUAGGAUUUACAGCUGCAGAGCAGGUUGCCUCCUCCCCUCGCCGCCAUGCCGAAGCAAAUCCAUGAGAUCAAGGACUUCCUUCUCACAGCGAGGAGGAAGGAUGCCCGCUCCGUGAGGAUCAAGAGGAGCAAGGAUGCCGUCAAGUUCAAGGUGCGCUGCUCCAGGUACCUCUACACGCUGUGUGUACAUGACACUGACAAGGCCAACAAGCUGAAGCAGUCUCUCCCCCCAGGCUUGACCGUUCAGGAGGUUUAAGCAUUCGAGACAACAAAGAAAAUGGUUCUGUAGACAACUUCUGGGUUUUUCUUGUUUAAUUUGGACCCUCGUGGUUGGAAGGAAUUGACUGAUACGCCUCCGUUUGAUAUUACAAAUGUAUUAGUGAUGGUCCAUGACUUUGCUUCUCAUGAAAAAUUUGAGAUAGUGUAAGGUUGUUUUGUUUUUUCUCAGUGCAAUCUUUGGCAGUUGCUACCUUCCAUCUGUUGAUGUGUGGAUAGUUCAUAGUAGUAUGCUAUUGUAACUUACUACUAGUAAUACAGUACGUACGUAGUAUGUUGUUAUGUUUGACUAUUUGAUGUACUUUUUUUUAUAAAGUUAUUAAAUAUGUGCAUCAAUAUUAUUAAA